UCACACAUCCCCCGCCGCCGGACAAGUCUCUCAUCACCACUCUGUUCGAGCCUCGUCUUUCUUUUGCAUCUUUCAAGUUAAGCAAUAAGUCACAAAGGAUGAAUAGAAAAUCAGGGGAUUUAAAGUCGAAAAAGGGGAACAAAAUAAAGGGUUCACGAUGUCAGCUUUUUAAAGAAAAUGAUGUUGUGCAACAAGGUAGUGAAUUGAAGUCUAAAGAUGACCAUGAGGUUAAUGAAUCGAAGAUAGUUAAAUCGAAGAAGGGUUUGAAAAGAUCUUCAAAAACCAAGUUCGAGGAGUAUCUUGAAAUGGAGAUGCCAAAUUCUGACAUGCUUGCACAAGAAGACUUGGAAUUGGAGAAGAAACUUGCUAAGAAACUCAGGGUGAAGGGCGGUAAAUUAGGAGGAGGUGAUGAUGGACUUAAUAUUUUAUUUGAAGGGUUUUCUGAUGAUGAAGCUCUGGAUCAUUCUUCGACUAAGAAACUGAAGAAUAAGAAGUCAAUGGAGCUGUCUACUAAAGAUGAUGCCACAAAUGACGUAAACAGUGAAGUUUCUGAGGGCAAGGACUACGCAGGGAUAGCUGUGGAAGAAAUUCCUGCUAAGGCGCCUUCACGGAAGAGGCGUAAGAAGAAGUCUUUGCUGAAAGGACAAGAAGGUGAAAUGCCGGAUGAGAGUGAGAGGGCCCUUGAUGGACAGCAGCCUUCUGAGUGCCAUGAUGUGGAAGUACCCUUUAAUGAAUCUUCAGCUAAGGCACCUGCAAUGGAGGGCAUUGGGAAAUAUGUUGCUCCUCACUUGAGAUCCCGUGCAAGAAAUGAAUCAGAGGAGCAGACUCGAAUGCGCAGACGAAUUCGAGGUCUUCUUAAUAGGCUUUCUGAAUCUAAUGUGGAAUCAAUUACUGGAGAAAUGGCCACAAUUUUUCGUUCUGCUAGUCGUAGUGUCUGCACUCAGAUUAUCAGCGAGGAGGUCUUGGCAUCCUGUCAUAAUGGUCCUCGUGGCAAUGAACAGCAUGCUGCCGUCUUUGCUGCAUUUGUUGCUGGUAUGGCUUCUUUAGUUGGCAUGGAUUUCAGCGCAAAACUUAUGGCUUUACAUGCCAAGAUCUUUGAGGAGGAGUAUCUUAAAGAAGACAAUCUGUCGUUGAGAAAUGCCACUCUUUUGCUAUCUUAUCUCUGCAUUUUUGGAGUUUGUUCGAGUGACUUAAUAUACGAUUUUCUGAUCAUGUUGAGCAAGCGGUUGACAGAGAUUGAUGUUUCUACCAUCCUCACAGUUUUGCAAUGCUGUGGGAUGAAAAUAAGGGGCGAUGAUCCGGCGGCCAUGAAAAGCUUCAUUCUUUGUGUUCAAAAUAGGGUGAAUGAGUUAAAGGCUUCGACUGGAGACGGUGAGGCUAAAAUAAAUGGAAAAAGAAUGGAAUUCAUGCUUGAAAUGAUAUGUGAUAUAAAGAAUAACAAGAAAAAGUCGAAGGAGGAUACGGUGCAACACACUCGGAUAAAAAAAUGGCUACAGAAGUUACGGGCCGAUGAUAUUUUAAUUAGAGGGCUUAAAUGGAGCAAGUUGCUUGAUCCUGACAAAAAGGGGCAAUGGUGGUUAUCUGGGGACAUGGCCUCUGCAACAGAUAAUGUUGAAGAGGUUGCCAUUACAAUCGACAAAGAGGCUCUCGAAGCCCAGAAAAUGCUAGAGCUUGCGGCUGCACAGAGGAUGAAUACAGAUGCCAGGAGGGCAAUCUUUUGUGUAAUAAUGAGUGGGGAAGACUACAUUGAUGCGUUUGAGAAGCUUUUACGGUUGGAUUUGCCUGGAAAGCAGGAUCGAGAUGUUAUCCGGGUUCUCGUGGAAUGCUGCUUGCAAGAGAAGGUUUUUAAUAAGUACUACACUGUUCUUGCUGCUAAGUUGUGUGAGCAUGACAAAAACCACAAGUUUACCUUACAGUAUUGUCUCUGGGAUCACUUCAAAGAGUUGGAUUCAAUGCCGCUUUUAAGGUCGAUGCACCUAGCAAAAUUCCUAGCCGAAAUGGUUUCCUCGUUUACCCUUUCCCUUGCCGUCUUGAAAACUGUCGAGUGGAGUGAUCCUCAGAUGCUAAGCCCGAAAAGGAUCAUGCAUUUCCGAAUGCUUUUCGAGGCCAUCUUCAAUUAUCCUGAUAAGGUUAUAUGGAACAUGUUCACUCGUAUAGCUGUCACCCCCGAGCUCGAAACUCUUCGACAAGGUAUGGAGUUCUUCAUCAAGGAGUAUGUUGUGAAAAGUAACAAGAAAGUAAAUGAUAAAUUUAAGGUUGCAAAGAAAGCCCUUAAUAACACAGAGGGAGUUCUAAUGUGAUCCUCAAUGGUUUUGGUUGGCAAUGUCCAUUUUUAAGAGAAAUUGUACACAAUUUUGAAGAACAAUGUAUUUGGAUUAGGUGUAAAUUAUUUCAUCCAAUAUUUGUACUU